UGGUGGGCACAGUGAUUUGCAUGCAAUGUUCGACCGUCGACGCCUGAACGACGAACAGAAGGGAGAUUCAGUAAUGGGUGGGCGCAUGGCGAGUGGAAUGCCCUGUGGGACGCAACAUGUGGCAUUGUAAAGACAACUAUUUGUUAGACCGGAGCCCCGUCUCUGAGGGUGAUUAGUUGAUGCGUUGAUGCGUUGAGCAGUCCAAAUAGCAAGCUGAACAAGAUGGCCUUACAACCGAGGGUUCUGCUGGAGAGAUCCGUAUCCAACGGUCUUGCGGGCGACGAUGGGCUCAACUCAACUUCUCGAUGUGAAGGACAGAACGGAUGGCAAAGUCAACAAGGUUUGGUUUGCGGUAGUAUGGAAUGCCCAUCUCCAUUCGUAGUCCAGGGGGCGGACUUCGGCACUCGAAGAGAUGAUGCCAGACUGCUCAUCAACAACCUGGAUUGCUUCUGGCGAAGCCCCGUAAGUACUGCCUAUUCGGUCAGGCCGGAUAGUUUAGGGACGAACGAGGAUAAGGAAGAGUGGAUAAUUGCUCCGUGUCUGCUGGUUGAGAAGGCAGGCCCUGCGACAUCGCGAAUGAGGAGUAAAGGUGUUUGUGUUCCUCCGAAGAGGCUCCUGCUGUUCAAUGCGAAGGGUCCGAUCGACGGAGUUUUUGCACAAAACUGGCGACCGGAAACCCCUAUGACUCACCAUGGAGUUUUCGGUGGGACCCAUGAAACGCGGUCGCAGUUCUUUGCAGAAAGUCCUUUGCUGAGUGGGAUGGGUGAUUCUUUGAGGAGCCUGAAGGAGGAUGCAGAUGAUGAACCGGGGCCGGAGGUGAUCAGCCGUGCAAAGAAAGGGCCUGAGAUCCGCAGCAGGGCACAUCGCUAUUUUCCAGAAGAGAGCACAAGGAGCGUAUUCGCAGAGCCGAGAGAGACUGGUUCCUGUGCAAGUGCGAGUUCCGUGAUUUACUGGGACAUGAAUGACGAGACGGUAGAGGACAGGGAAGAGGAGGGAGAUGAGCUGUCAGUCUCUUCAGCCCGUGACCUUAGUGGCGAUGCGGGAAGCACACGACCAAAGACAUCUGAUCAGGAGCGAAGGCAUCCAAGCAAACGAACAGUUUCUGAUGACAGCCAUGCUACGUGCUCGACCAAUACCACAUCGAAGGGAACACCCGACUCCGACAGCAUAAUAGGUCAUCGUGGAAUUGGUGACCAGCGGGGCACGGAGCGGCCUGGACGCAGAGGGGAAGGGGCUCGUUGGUGCGAUAGCCGCCUGACGGAAGACUUCGCGAUGUGGCCCGAGCUGACCCAGCAGUUGCAGGAGCUUGCGAAAUCCUUGCCAGACGGCGAUUAUCCGCCUUGGCGGCAAGCAGAGAUGUCAGGAGGUGAGAGGGGUGGUGAUGAUUCAGCAGGUCACGGGGACGCAUCCCAAGUACAGCUGCGGCAGCACCACGAGGAGGAGGGAAUUGAACAGAGUACAGUCUGUCAUGAGGAGGGCGCGUUCAUCGAUGACGAGACUGGAUCGUAUGCUGCGUGGAAGUCUUCUGAGCACGCUAGGGGCUUCAUGGGAAGAGACUGCAAAGGGAGUUGCUCCCGGGGAUUGCCCGAUGUCGAAGCUGGUCGCAAGUAUUCAUGGACCAACAAUAGAUUGCCUGUGAGGGUAGCCGACGGGGCGGGCAGCAGCAAGCUCACUCGGGAAGAAGAGAACGUUAGUCAGUCGAGCGAAUGGGAUGGAGAAGAAGAAGAGGACAUGUGCGUGAGGGGUGUGAAUCCGGAGUUGCUGAGGAGGGAACUGGAAUGGCUUGUGCAGAAGCAAAGGAGGGAGGAGCACAAGGUGGAUGCGUAUGGGAGUGACGGUAGCGAGUCCGAGCAUCAUCGCCGAAAGAAAUCAGGGAUUUGGGAUCUCUCGCUAAGCGGGUUCUGGUCCUGUGCGGGCGGCACGAGCUCUGCAGCGGAGGAAUCAAACACCUCGGAGGAGGGGGGAAGCAGACAAGGAACAGGAGAGGAAACAAUCUUUUGUGAGAGGACCGGUCCGGCCCCCAGGGAGGGGGGGCCUUACUGGCUUCUUGGUUCUGGUGAAAAUGGGACUGUGAUGCAGACAAAUAAGAAAUUUGAAUCGGCAAAGGGAAAGACACCAGAGAAGGACCAAGAUAUCCGAUUAGCCGCAAGGAUUGAGAACAACAACAAGAGGAACAGUACGCCAGAGAAGGACCAAGAUAUCCGAUUAGCCGCAAGGAUUGAGAACAACAACAAGAGGAACAGUCUGUGGAGAAUCGAUAGGACAAAGGGGCACGGAAGGGGGGGGGUGAGAAAGCUCAUUGUGGGCCUGAUGUCAGCAGCAGCUGCUGGUGGGGCUAUUAAUUACUUGUACAGAAAACGUUGGCAGCGCCAAAGGAUACAUUAGUUUAGCUGCUAUCUCACCAGGGAUGUCUGAGCAAAUGAAAGCAUGUCAAUAUUUGUGCAUGUAUGCUGUGCAGAGGAGCAGGGAGGGGGGGAGAAGUGGAUAAGGGUCAAGGGGCAUGUCAGAAGCAGAGGAGGAGAAACUAACAUACGAACACACACAGAAAGACAAAUAAGUAGUGAGAGGAAGAGAUGAUGUGAGGGAUGCAGUAAGGAGAGAGAGAGAGAGAGAGAGAGAGAGAGAGAGAGAGAGAGAGAGAGAGAGAGAGAGAGAGAGAGAGAGAGAGAGAGAGAGUAGUGAUGUCAUCAGCUACUGUUAAGUGACUUUAGAUUUGUUGAUUGCUGUAAAAAUCGUAGUGAGCGAAAAGGAGGUUGGUAGCGAUGAUGCAGGUCGAGGGAGGAGACAAUGCUUAGUUGUUUAUUCCCGGUCUGCGUUAGAGACCUUCGGGUGACGCAGUUUGAUGCGAUAGCUCCUCUUCAUCGAAUGGUUUGACUCGUGCAGCUUGACGGCGCCGUGUGGAAACUCUACUUUGACUCAUGCAGUUUGACUGUGUAUUAAUGUUAUGAUGUUGCAUACAUGCGAAGGGAGUUGUGGGGGCAGGGCGAGGCGUUGGGAGCUGAGUGGUUCUCUGCUUGUGAAGGUGUAAUGAAGAAAGUAGGGCCUUUGAGACAGUGCUCUGUGAGGUAAUGUGCUGAGUUUUUUUUUUCCGAUCAGCUGGUUUUGACGCAUAAUCUCCUUUUCCUUUCUUUGUAGGUUAUUGUGAGCCGAGUCCCCUUGGUGACGAGUAUAGGGUCCCUUCGAUGGCCAUUAUAGGGUUAGGGAGGGAAAGAGAAACUCCCCAGUGACUGAUAGCAAGCUACCUAGUGAAGGGUUCUUUUUACUGAGAGAUUGACUUUGGUGUCUGAUUAGCAUUAUGGUCAAACACUUUUCGCUUUGGAUGCCUCUCCUUUCGGAUGGUGAAGGAUUGCAAGAGGAGGAUAGAGAGACUUGAAGAAUUUGGGGUGGGUCUUAUAUCGGAGAACUUGUCUCUCGCCCCAGUCCGCUGUGAUGGGCACUUGAAGAGCGAAUGACUAUGUAUCCGAUUGUCUAGGGCACUAUUCUCUCUGGUUGCUAUGGAUGUUAAGGCACUCUCCGGCAGUACAUGGCCUGUUGGCCCCAGCGAAGCUGAGAGUCCGAUUGAGCCUUGCCUAACAUUUCGGAGGCUCGCACACCGCCAAUGAAAUAAAUGGACGGCG